CAUAGCAACAAAUAAACACACAGAGCAUAGGAUCGGUUGCUUGGAGACGGGAGGAAGCUGCAUAGUAAAGGAGCAGUACAGAGAGCGCAGUACAGGGCAACAUGGCAUCACACACCGAGGACGACGAAAUGCAACUGGAACUAGAGGCAGUCAUCGGAUUUAACGGACAUGUGUCAUCUGGACUGAUCAGCCACCCGGACAGGGAACAUCUCAUUUACCCUUUGGGAUGCACAGUGAUCAUUGAGAGCCUUAAUAAGCAUAAGCAACAAUUCCUGCAUGGCCACACUAACAACGUGUCCUGUGUGGCUGUCUCCAGGACUGGGAAAUACAUAGCAUCGGGGCAAGUCACAUAUAUGGGAUUCAAGGCAGACAUUUUUUUGUGGGACUAUGCUAAGAAAGAGGCAUGUGGUAAGCUGAGCCUACACAAAGUCAAGGUGGAAGCAAUAGCCUUCUCCCCUAAUGAUCGAUACCUGGUGUCUGUUGGAGGACAGGAUGAUGGCAGUAUUGUCCUUUGGAAUGUGGCAACAAGAGAAGCCAUUUGUGGCAGCCCGGCCUCACCUCUCACCGUAGGACAUGUCCUGGCUGUGUCCUUUGUCAACAACAGUGAUGACAUCUUUCUGACCGGAGGAAAUGGGACCCUGCGUGUGUGGGAAGUGGAUCUGCCGAACAGGAAAAUACACCCCACCGAGUGUCAGACAGGGCAGCUGAAGAGAGUGGUUACCUGCCUGGCUGUGGCAGAAGAUGACAGCUGCUUUUACUGCGGUACCUCCACUGGAGACAUCCUGAAAAUAAACACAAAGAAUAAAUUACUGAACAGCUGUGGGCCGCAGAAGGACAGAUUCAACCUGGGAGUGACCUCUCUGACCAUGCUGAAGACCGGAGAAUUUUUGAUUGGUUCAGGGGAUGGAAAAUUGUCCCUUUGCAAAGGACCAAACUACAAAGCUGUAAAGAGCGUGAAGCUGCAAGGACCUGUCACCUCCAUCACACUCAGAGGGCAGGGUCACCAAUUUUUUGUGGGCACUGGACAUGCACAGAUCUAUCGUUUUAAUUUUCCAGAAUUUAAAGAUGAAAUCAUUGCCACUUGCCAUAGCGAGGCCAUAAACGACAUUGUCUUCCCCUUUGGUACUUCUGAACUGUUUGCUACAUGUUCCAAAAAUGACAUCCGUGUUUGGCACACAACCAGCCACAAGGAACUGCUACGCAUUACCGUGCCCAACAUCACAUGUAAUGCCAUCGAAUUCAUGAGAGACGGCAAAAGUAUCCUGUCAGCUUGGAAUGAUGGCAAAAUUCGAGCAUUCACACCUGAAAGUGGCCGACUGAUGUACCAGAUUGAAAAUGCGCACAGCAUGGGUGUUACAGCCAUUGCGACAACUAACAAUUGUAAGAGGGUUGUGAGCGGAGGAGGAGAAGGGCAGGUCAGAGUGUGGGAAAUCGGAAAAGAAAGUCAGCGACUUGUGGAGUCCAUGAAGGAGCACAAGUCAUCAGUGUCUUGUAUCAAAGUGAAAGGCAACGACCAAGAAUGUGUAACUUCUAGCACUGACGGAACCUGCAUCAUAUGGGAUAUUGUGCGGUUUGUACGAAAACAAAUGAUCUUGUCUAACACCCUGUUUCGCUGUGUCUGCUACCACGCUGAGGAGUUCCAAAUCAUCACCAGCGGAACUGACAGAAAGAUCGGCUACUGGGAAGUAUUUGAUGGUUCAGCCAUCAGAGCGCUGGAUGGAUCUAUGUCUGGUGCCAUUAAUGGCAUGGACAUAAGUAACAGUGGAAGUCACUUUGUCACAGGUGGGGAUGAUAAACUGGUAAAAGUUUGGGAAUACAAUGAGGGUGAAGUAACCCAAGUAGGUAUUGGACACAGUGGCAGCAUUAGCCGGCUAAAGAUCUGCCCUCUCUCCAAGUACAUCAUAAGCGUGAGCGCAGAUGGGGCCAUUUUGCGCUGGAAGUACCCCUACACAGCCUAAAUAGCUGCAAACGGGUUCCUGCUGUAGAACAAGAACAACUGUUUCCUUAAUAUUUAUUUCUAUAAGAAUACCACAAGGUCAAGUUCAAUCUCGAACAUCAAAAUCGUUUUAGUAUUUGGAAGUGACACCAAUGCCAGUCAUUAUCUUAUCAUUAUACCAUGGACUGCCCAAUUAGGGUCACCUUUACCAUCUACCAUUUGUAAAUCUCGCAAAUCAAUGAUAGUAGAGACCUUCAAUAGUAGAUGAGUCUAUAGAUGUUUCACCUCAGACAAAAUAUCUGGAUAGGUUUACCACACUUACUUUGAAUAAAUAGAAAUUUCAGUA